AUGGCGACUUCCAGUAAGAUGAUGAACCAAUUUGGCCAGCUCAUGCGCAAGCUUUCCCCUCUUUUGUCUCCUCCUCCAUUGUAUCCAAGCCUCCUGAACAAGAGAACCUCGCAAUUCCAAUCUCAAUCCCCUCCCAUCUCUUUCCCUUCCUCUCCACUCCACUCCUCUUCUCUCAAGCAUAGCCUGACAGCCAGGCCACAACUCUACUUUCCCCCUGCCUCCAUCCCUCGCUGGGUUCACGACACGUUCAUCAGUUAUAAACAGGCCGAUACCCGCAACUUCGUGAGCCACCUCCACGACGCUCUCGAGCGGAACAAAAUAAGGGUCUUCAUAGACCACAGCCUGGAAAGAGGGCUAGAGAUCGCGCCAGCAAUCAACGAAGCGAUUGAGCGGUCGAGGAGUGCCGUUGUGGUGAUCUCUCGGACCUUUGCCUCCUCACCGUGGUGCCUGGACGAGCUGGACAAGAUCCUUGAGUGCAAGGAAAAGAAAGGCCAGCUGGUGUUCCUCAUUUUUGUGGGCGUCGACCCCAGAGAGAUGCGUGAGCAGUCCGGACCAUUCAAGCAGAUUGGGCAAAGCGAAAAGGGUUUCAGGCACAAGGUCCGGAAGUGGAGAGACGCUCUUCGAAAAGCUGGCAAUCUCACCGGUUGGUCUCUUGGAAACAGACUUGAAGCCGAAUUCAUCCAAUCCAUUGUGGAGAAAAUCUCAAGAAGACUUAGCUGCUCAGGCACGGAUCUGCUUGCUUUCCAUCCGGUUGGGUUAGAUUCUCGAGUACAAGCCUUGUACUCCUUACUCCAAUUAGAGGUUGAGGAGGUCCGAAUUGUGGGAAUUUCGGGAGCUAGCGGAAUAGGUAAGACGGCACUUGCAAGAGCUUUGUAUGACCGCAUUGCAGAUCAAUUUGAUCGGAGUUGCUUUCUCGCAAAUGUUAAGGACAUAUCGAGCCAAGAUGGCCUCUCCAAAAUGCAGAAGACCCUUUUUGGUGACAUUCUCGGUGAUGGAGUUUUGGAGUUUGGUGAUGAUAUUCAUGAAGUAAUGAACUUCAUGAGAAGUAAGCUUCGUAACAAGAGGGUUUUGCUGGUAUUUGAUGAUGUUGAAGGGUUGUUGGUGCCACUGAGCCACCUGAUCGGGGCAAUAAACUUUGGCUUGGGAAGUAGAAUCAUUUUGAUCCCUCAACACGAAGAAACCUUAAUCGGUCUUCACGGGGAAAUCUAUAAGGUAAAAGCGCUAAAGGAUGAUCAAGCUCUCGAGCUUUUCAGUUGA